CAAAUCGCGUUUCGAGAACGGCCAUGGCGUCCACGGACUGCGAGUACCUCGAGUACCUGACCCCGUUCUUCUUCUACUUCGGCGUGGCCGCCUUCGCCUACUGCUUCCUCAAGCUCGCCUUAGCCACCCUGGGCUGCUUCAGAGUUCACGUGCUGGGAAGCCUGCUCGGCCCGGCUGUCGACGUGACCAAGUUCGGACGCUGGGCAGUUGUCACUGGAGCCACGGAUGGAAUUGGAAAGGCUUAUGUGGAGCAGCUAGCCCGUAAAGGCCUCUCCAUCGUGCUUAUCAGCCGGUCCCAGGAGAAGCUGGAACGAGUGGCGCAGGAAAUCCGCGAGAGAUUCAAGGUGGAGACGAAGACCGUGGCGGUGGACUUCACCGCGAGCGAGGAGAUCUACCCCAAGGUGCUGGCCGCGCUCCGAGACCUGCCCGUCGGGGUUCUGGUGAACAAUGUGGGGAUCUCCUACACCUACCCUGAGUACUUCUUGGACAUCCCCAAUCUGGACGAUAUGAUCAAGAACAUACUGAACGUGAAUGUCUUGUCUGUACUGAAGAUGACUCAGAUCGUCCUGCCGGGAAUGCUGGAGCGGAAGGGCGGCGUAAUCAUCAACAUCUCGUCGGGGUCUGCCCUGUACCCCGUGCCUCUCCUCUCUCUCUACUCCUCCACCAAGGUGUUCGUGGAUUUUUUCUCUCGGUCCCUCAACACCGAGUACCAGUCCAAGGGCAUCAUCGUCCAGAGCGUGCUCCCGUUCUACGUCAAGAGUAACAUGUCCAGGAUCAAGCGGGCGACGCUGACCAAACCGGAGGCGGAGACGUUUGCGUGUUCCGCGCUGGCCACCGUGGGACGGCAGAGCCGCACCUACGGAUAUCUGCCUCACGCGCUGCAAGCUUGGCUGACUACCAUGGUGCCCACGUGUCUGGCUAUGAAGAUGAUACUCAAACUGAAGAAGGGCAUACGCGCUCGCUACCUCAAGAAAUACGGGAAGAAGUGAUCAUCACCACGGGCUAGCCCAACUCGUCCUGCGCACACACGCACGCACCCCUCUUCCUGCCGCUUCAUAGCGACUUGUGUUCAAAAGUGAGAGCGUCGACUUGUGCGUGAAGGAGUUGAUCAUCGUUUAGUUUCUCCUUCAAACGUUUUUUUCUUUCGAGGGUAAUCCAACGACGGAAUGCGGAGUAGACAAAGACGGGCAUACACCGACAGUAUACAAUAAACUAUGCAGUAAGGAUGAGAUGGUACAAGCAAGACAAAAACAAUUGAUUAUUUGAUGGAAUUGCGACCCCUCCAAUCUUGACGUUUCUUGGCAUGAUUGUAGUUUGGUGAAUAGUUACAUUCCUAGGAGCGACAGCGCUGGGCACGUGUGAAUGAGUUAGGUGCUUCUGUCGCAUGCUUGAUUUGCGCCGCUAUGUGUGUGCGCUUGCGUUUACGUGUGUUGUAUUAGAACAGGUAGUCAGUCAUAGCACUUGCCCCUUAUAAUCUGCAAGGCUACCUUGGGUGAAUAGGAGUUUGUCUUCUGUUUUGGGGCUUUGGUUUAUGCUAAUUGUGGUGUUGGUUUUAAAGCUAAACAUUUGAGCUGCAUUGCACUAUUAAUCAACUGGUUAAUUCACCUCACUGUGAAAUUGCUUCUGUAGUGAGAAUUAUAGCGUUGAGUUACCACCAUAGUUUAAUCGCAGCUUUGGUUAAGGGCAACGUGGGAUAACCGCUGCUUGGAUGGCUUACAAUAGUGGGCUAGCUGUUCGUGAGACUGAAACGUAAAACAAAAAAUGUGGUUUAAUUUAAGCGACGCAAGUGUCUUGUGUCAGGGGAAGCGAACGUUUUGCGCGUCGUCGAGCGUUUAAACUUUGGGGUUGCGAGCAGCCGCAGCGUUGUGCACUUGGACAAGCUCGGGGAAUGGUUCCGAGUCGUGCGGCGCGUGCGACAGCAGGUGUCGCUGGAGGAAACUAUAAAGUCGCGUUUAGUUUGUGUGUGUGCCGGAUGCGGUGAUUGGCGGCGGUAAAAGGAAGGCUUCGUCGGUUUGUUUUGUGCAGCCGGUGCAGAGUCGAGGGGGAAUUAAAAGAACGUGGAUUGAAACGAGUCGAUUUGUUUUACGUGGGUGAGAAACUUUUGAGCCUCGAAGCUGAUUUGCAAGCAUGGCCUGUUGGGGGGUGGACCUUGGUGGAGGAAAAAAAAUAAGUUACAGCAAAUCGUCAACAUUGCAGACACCGAGGAAGGAAACGCAUUUGAUGAAUUUAAACAUAAGAAUAUGUUUUACCCUUUGUGGCAUUAAAACAGGUGUUGUGUUAAGAUGUUCAAACACCAAAUGGGAACCUUUUGCAAGUCAUCAAGUCACUGCAUUAACCCCACACAACAGUACUUGUGGUGAACAUGCAGACACAACAUGCUCUUCUUAUUCUUGGUUCUUUCGGUAAAGUCACGUAGAAGGGAAACAAUAAAAUAAUACAAAUAUAAAACAAUACAAUUCUCACGAUGUUUCGACUGCAACACAAGCAAUCGUCAUCAGAUGUGAAAAACAGCAAGAAAAUGUUCUUGCCGUGUCGUGAGAAUUUUUUUAUUUUGUAUUUUUAUUAUUUUAUUGCUUUAUCUUUUUAUUAUUUUUUUGUUUCCCUUCUACGUGACUUUACCGAAAGAACCAAGAAUAUGAAUCCCUGCAGUCACGAAAGCUUUCAAUCAAAAUUUAAAAACAUGCUCUGAUAAUAUUUGGAAUUGUCUACUGAGGCAUCUGAUUUAUUGCCAGAAGGGUAAAACCUUUGAUACUGGCAAAAAGGUCCCAUUUUGAAGCAUUUGAAGAACUUCACCGUUUAAGUGCAAGCACCAUUCAAGUAUCACUGGCAGCAGCUAACGCAGAAUUAUCACGCUAACUCACGCCGGGAGGUUCGCUUAUAAAUCACUCCUGCCCAAAUUGUGAAUUUAUGGGGAAUCGUCGAGUUUUCUUUAUUUAAAUUUAUGAUAUCUAAAUUAUGAUGUAGUGGAAACUGGCAGGAUAUUAGCACACCUCUUGGGAGGAGAAUUUUAUAGUGUGCCUAUAUAGAGCUUGUGCUGACCUUUGCAUAUGACAGACAAAUAAAAUUCCUGCUGAUUGCCUAAACAA